AUGGCCCGAAAACCAUAUAAAUGCUUGGAGUGUGAGGAAAGCUUCUCUCAAGGUGGCGACCUCACUAAACAUCAAAGGAUACACACAGGAGAGAAGCCAUAUACAUGUCUGGAGUGCGGGAAAUGCUUCUGCCGGAAGGACAGCCUUACUAUACACCAGAAACUUCACACAGGGGAGAAGCUACAUAAAUGCUUGGAGUGUGAGAAGAGCUUCUCUCAAGGUGGCGACCUCACUAAACAUCAAAGGAUACACACAGGAGAGAAGCCAUAUACAUGUCUGGAGUGUGGGAAGAGCUUCUGCCGGAAGGACAGCCUUACUGUACACCAGAAACUUCACACAGGGGAGAAGCCACAUAAAUGCUUGGAGUGUGGGAAGACUUUCAGUUGGAAGAGCAACCUUACUUCACAUCAACGCAUUCACACUGGGGAGAAGCCAUAUAAAUGCUUGGAGUGUGGGAAGAGCUUCUCUCACGGUGGCGACCUCACUAAACAUCAAAGGAUACACACAGGAGAGAAGCCAUAUACAUGUCUGGAGUGUGGGAAGAGCUUCUGCUGGAAGGGCAGCCUUACUUUACACCAGAAACUUCACACAGGGGAGAAGUCACAUAAAUGCUUGGAGUGUGAGAAGAGCUUCUCUCAAGGUGACGACCUCACUAAACAUCAAAGGAUACACACAGGAGAGAAGCCAUAUACAUAUAUGGAUUCCCAGGAGCCCUUGCAGGUCGAAGCGAGGCUUGCAGGGGAUUCCGGGGACUGGGCGUGGGCGGCCGGUUGCUGCAACGUGGAGAGGCGGCGGGGGUGGGAGCGGCCGCUUGCUUUUUUCCUGGGCAGGAGGCUGGAGCCGCCUCCUCUGGCUCUUUUCCCCCAGGACUUUGGGUUCCUGGCCCAUUCCUUUAUGUACAGCGCCGUAAAAGAGAAGAGCGGUCCCUCCAGAGCUCUGAGGAAGCGGCCAGGUGUGCAGAAAGUGGGAGCUCAAGAGAAGAGGAAGGCCGUUCCUCAGAAGAAGCAGAGGAGAGUUUACCGGGAGGAUCUCGAACUGCACAACUGCUCCAAGAAACAGCUGCCACAGAAAGUGGGACCUCAAGAGAAGAGGAAGGCCGUUUCUCUGAAGAAGCACAGGAGAGUUUACCAGGAGGAUCUCAAACUGCACAACUGCUCCAGGAAACAGCCGCCACAGACGAUGGGACCUCGAGAGCAGAGGAAGGCCUUGCCUCAGAAGCAGCGUUGGAGGGUCUACUCGGAGGAUUUCGAGAGGAUGGUUCCUGACUGA